CGGUAAUCAGGGAGAUGGUUCCGUCCGCUCUAAAGCUGCCGUCGGCCUGAGGGACGCAGUACCCGACUUUAAGGACGGACACCGAGUACGGCUGACCCGGGAAGUCCAGCUGGGUCUCUGACAGACAGAACCUCAGAGCGGAACUUUUGAAAAGUGGUGGAACUGGUGGGAUCACUGUUGGUGUUACACAUAGCAACGUCAUCUCCAAUGGCGGCAGAAACAGCAGAAACACUAAAGGGAUCAUCGUUCAUGGAUCCAUUUAAAGGAUUUCUGUUGGCGUACUUUAUGCCAGAAUCCUGCUACGAUGAGUUUUUCCUGAAUUUCAACUUCCUGGACGUUCCAUGUCUGAAGAUCGUCCUGAGCAAAGGUCUGGGCAUCGGCAUAAUCCUGGGAUCAGUCAUGGUGAAGUUGCCUCAGAUUUUAAAGCUGAUGGGAGCAAAGAGCGCUGAAGGACUGAGCUUCAAGUCGGUGCUGCUGGAGCUGCUGGCCAUCACUGGGACCAUGGUCUACAGCAUCACCAACAAGUUCCCCUUUAGUGCGUGGGGAGAAGCUCUGUUUCUCAUGCUGCAGACUGUCACCAUCGGCUUCCUCAUCCAGAUGUACGGAGGCAGAACCAGCAGAGGUUUCCUGUUUGUGGUGGUGUAUGUCAGCCUGCUGGGGGUCCUCCUCUCUUCCGUCACCCCUCGGUCAGUGGUCACCUCCCUGCAGGCCUCCAACAUGCCGGCCAUCAUCGUGGGCAGGCUGAUCCAGGCGGCCACCAACUUCCAGAACGGACACACCGGUCAGCUGUCAGCCAUCUCCGUCUUCCUUCUGUUCGCUGGAUCCCUCGCUCGCAUCUUCACCUCUGUCCAGGAAACAGGAGACUCGCUAAUGGCCCUCACCUACGUUAUCUCCUCCACCUGCAAUGGCAUCAUCGCCCUGCAGGUCCUCUACUACUGGAACAGCUCCCCAGGACAGCAGAAGAGGAAGAAGAAGAAGAAGGAGUAGGACUCUGACGGUCCUCUGCUGUAAACCUCUGAUGUGCAGCUUUGAUUUUGAGCCAAUCAAAAGAGACUUGUCAGGAGCAUCAUCCUUAUGAUGGACAGCUGCUGGUAUCAGUGGCUGAACUGCGUCCAAAUUUCUGACAUUCCUCCGUGGGGUCAGCCCCUCUGACCAUUAGGAUCAAUAUUUCUGGAAUUAUUCUCAGAAAGUGCUGCUCUGACAUAUUUUUUGUUUUUUAAAUGAAUAUAUUUCCCUUUUCUGAAUGUGAGGUCUGUUCUGUGUUGGAUGCAACGUCGCUAAAUAAAUUAAUCUUCACA